UCGUAUUGUAUAAAGUGCGUCGCGUUAGCAAAUUGACAAUCAGUGUUGUACGAAUUUCAUUAGUGAAUCAACAUGUUUUUGUGGAUCGUCUUGGUGUUACUGUACCUUUUGUACAAAUGGUCUACAGCAAGUCAUGAUUACUUUCGCAAGCGUGGAAUACAGUUUGAGGAACCGCUACCUCUUGCCGGUAAUCUUCUGAACAUGGUAUUGGGACGAGAAUCGAUAGUUGACAUUACAAAGCGCUCCUAUUACAACUUUGAAGGCUCAAAGAUCUUCGGUUUCUUCAAUUUCAACCAAAAGGUUUACAUUCUUACCGAUCCAGAAAUUAUAAAGCGGAUUACAAUUCAAGAUUUCGAUCAUUUUGUCAAUCACGAUGCAAUGUUAUCAAAUCUGGAUCGACUCUUUGGGAAGACUUUGUUUGGCAUGCAGGGACAGCAAUGGAAAGACAUGCGAGCUACGCUAUCGCCGAUGUUCACCAGUUCUAAGUUGAAAUCAAUAUUUGGACUACUGUCGAAUCAUGCACAAGACUUUGUUCAACACUUUGAAGUGAAAGCUGGAAGCGAUGGAAAGAAUGACAUCGAUGUGUUGGAGAUAUUCGCAAGGUUUACUGCCGACGGUAUAGCAACUGCUGUGCUGGGUUUCGAAGGUGAUUGUGUGAAAAACGAAAAAAGUUUUUUGUACCAAAAGGUUAGGGACAUUCUCCGAGAUUUUGGUGGACCUGUCGGAGGCCUAAAGUUUAUCUUGGGUAACACAUUUCCGAAGCUGUAUAAAGCGCUGAACAUACAACUAACUAGUGACAGAACGGUUGAAUUCUUCAAACGCGUUAUCAUUGAUGUAAUGAAAGAACGGGGCCGUGAAAAGAUCACGCGACCGGACAUAAUUCAACUGAUGAUGCAAGUAAAGAACGGUCAACUGCAAUCAAAUGAGAAUGAGGGUGCAAAUGACAAAGACCUUGGUGGCUUUGCAGCUCACGAGGAGCACAGUUUAAAGUCGAAUGUGAAAAAUCUCCAGGAAAUCGUUGACGAUGAUGAGUACUGGAUCGCUCAAGGAGUUCUUUUUUUUGUUGCUGGGUUUGAUACAAGCUCCAAUCUCUUGCAAUCGAUUACAUACAAUUUGGCGAUGAAUCCUGCAAUUCAAGAGGAAUUGUAUCGAGAAGUGAACGAAGUGGCCUGCACCUUAAGUGGCAAGCAAGUGACAUACGAAGCGCUCCACAAAAUGAAGUUCCUCGACAUGGUCGUAUGUGAGGGAUUGAGAAUACAACCACCAGCGCCACAAAUCGACAGAUGCUGUUCGAAGGACUACACAAUGGAUCUGGGAAGCGGAAAGUCGAUUGAAAUAAAGAAGGAUGAAGUGAUAUUCCUUCCAUUCUACUUGCUGCAUCACGAUUCCAAAUAUUUUCCGAAUCCAGAGAAAUUCGAUCCGUAUCGCUUCAGCGAUGAAAACAGGAAUUCCAUUGUCACGGGAAGUUAUCUUCCAUUCGGACUCGGGCCGCGAGCGUGCAUCGGGAGUCGGUUCGCAUUAAUGGAAGCCAAGCUAUUGUUGUUCAAUGUUUUAGCUAAUUUCAAAAUCGUUCCGUCUCCAAAAACGCCAGCUAAAUUGACAUUUUCGUCGAAUUUCAACAUGCGAAUUAAGGAAACGGUUUACUUGAAUUUUGAACGUCGCUGUUAGUGUUGCUUACGAUUUAAUUCGACAAUAAAAUGGUCACGACAUCAU